AUGGAACGCCUUGGGCUGGUGGCAGUGCUGUGCGUCAGCGUGCUAGCGGCGAGCGCGCACUCGGCGCUGCUUCCGACUCUACAUGAGCUGGUGGUCGCUGGUGACCAUCCGAUAGUGCGAAGGAGUGUAGAAUCCGUAACCGAUGAACCGUAUCAGCCAAUUAAAAAGACAGAGAUGCGCGUGCGCUCCGAAGUGGCGCUGCGCUACGCGCGCACGUCAGUGAUCACGCACGUCGCGAACCCCGACUCGCGGCCGCAGGAGGCCACCUUCCGCAUGCUGCUGCCCGACACCGCCUUCAUCAGUGGAUUCACUAUGACGAUUGGAGAGAAAUCAUACAAAGCGUACGUGAAAGGCAAACAGGAAGCUAAAGAAAUUUAUACUCAAGCAGUCUCACAGGGCAGUGCAGCCGCUCACGUUGCUACUAAAGCUCGCGACUCCAACCACUUCAUUGUAUCAGUCAACGUGGAAGGCAACACUACCGCCAUUUUCGAGUUGCGUUACGAAGACUUUUUAGUGAGCCGCAACGGACUGUACAGUCACGUCAUCAACUUACACCCCGGCGCUCUGGUACCGGUCAUGGAGGUUGUCGUGCAUAUCAAAGAAUCACAAAAAAUCGCUAAACUUAAUAUCCCUGAGCUGAGGACCGGUAACGAAAUUGAUGCGACGAAAAAUAAUGCACAAAAUCCGAUGGCUGUUAUUCAAAAUGGUACCGACGACAAUGAAGUGACUGUUACUUUUACUCCUGACCUAAAAGAACAGAGACGACUUGCUAAAUUAUACUUGGACAAGAGCAGCGGAGACGGUACGGCGCUUGGACAGUUUGUGGUGGAGUAUGACGUAGAACGGUCCAACAAUGGUGAAAUAUUGGUAAACGAUGGCUACUUCGUGCACUUCCUCGCCCCGACCUCCCUCCCGCCAUUGAGCAAACACGUAGUGUUUGUGCUCGACACCUCGUGGUCUAUGUACGGACGCAAAAUAGAUCAACUCCGUAAAGCCAUGGACACCAUACUCUCAGAACUACAUCCGUACGACUACUUCAACAUUGUGGAAUUCAACUCCGAUGUCAAGAUGUAUGAACUUAAGGAUGGUGAUAACAACAAGCAUAUCUCAAUUUAUUACAAUGAAAACUCGGUGGUACCGCCAACGAUUGCUUCGCCAACAAAUAUAGCUAAGGCGAGAGCUAUUGUUUCUGGUUUAAGUAUUGAUGGUGCAACUAAUAUCAACAGCGCCUUGGAGGCAGCCUUAACUCUAGUCAAGAAGGGGGUUCAUUUAAACACAGAUGAUAACGAAAAUGACAUUGAAAAAAGAAAAUUGAUGGAAAAGUUGGAGCCGAUCAUCAUAUUUUUGACGGACGGCGAGCCGGUAGUUGGAGUGACUAACACUGACCGAAUUAUCGAACUUGUAACCGAGAAAAAUACCGGCGAUAUGAAAGCGGCGCUAUAUUCGCUUGCUUUUGGUGAUGGCGCUGACCGCGACUUCUUGCGCAAGCUCUCUCUCCGCAACGACGGCUUCAUGCGGCACAUCUACGAAGCGGCGGAUGCAGCACUGCAGCUGCAAGACUUUUACCGACAGGUGUCCUCGCCGCUCCUUGCCAACGUUAAGUUCACCUACCCUGCUAAUCAGAUAAAAGAAGGGUCAGUAAGUCGGAAUGAGUUCCGCACUAUCAACAAGGGCUCGGAAGUGGUGGUGGUAGGACAGAUCGCGGAUGACGUCACCGAGAUGACGCCACAAAUCGUCGGAUUUUCUGGCAAUGAAGAAGAGCUGGGCUGGACACGGUAUGAAGUAGUUUCAACAGUGGCCGUCAAUCACACCAAAGAUGAGCACUUACCGCUAGAACGCCUGUGGGCCUACGUCACCAUCAGACAGAUGCUGGACAAACGCGACGCGGGCGAUCACAGCACAGGCGAGAACAGCCCUGAGAAGAAGGCUCUGGAUAUAGCUCUUAAGUAUUCGUUCGUAACGCCUCUGACGUCACUCGUAGUGGUCAAGCCAAAUGAAACCAACGCAGUUGAUGUGGAAUCUGCAGACAAGCUGCCCACUGCUAGUCCAGCCAGAUAUACACCGUUGUCUGCGCCAGUGAAAGUGUCACCACCAGCGCAACCUGCGGCAUCGUGGGUUCCACACUCCCUGUUUUCUGGACGACUCAGUGCAUUGAGCAAUAAUAUGGGUAACGGACAAUCCAACCGCAAUUCCGUAAGCUUAUUUGGUGGAGACUACGGUGGAGGCUAUGGUGGAGGCUAUGGUGGAGGCUAUGGUGGCGGCUAUGGUGGAGGCUAUGGUGGAAGCUCCAGUAGUGGUUACGGAGGUUUUGGGUCUUCGAGAUUUGGGGGAUUUGGAUACCCUUCGAACAAUGGAUGGAGACCUAGUGCACAUAUCAAUAACAUAGGUAAUGGUGGUUUCCGCCACAAUUUUAUAAACUUGAACAACGAUGACUACAACUGGGGUUCAUCAUAUGUACCUAAUUAUCAUGUUUCAUCAGACAUCAAACCUUUUCCACCCGCUUCUACUACCACUUCUACCACCACCACCACCACUACCACCACUACCACGACCACUACAACACCAGCGCCAACUACAGUUCCAAGCAAGAACUAUCACCUGGAAGGCUUUGAGUGGACGUCGUCUCUACUGAACGCCAGCGUGGAUGCUCUUACUGUGCUCGGAGGAAAUGGCGAACAAGUCUUCCUGAAGCUCACCACUGAUAUCAACCCUCCAGUAGCAGUGAGCGGAGACGUCGCGUGCUCGAACAGCACGUACGCAGUCGACACGAGCGACGAGACGGGCAGCGUGUGCGUCUACGUCACGCGGUGCUACGCCGCGCGCAGCAUUACUGCCGACGACUAUCAGAACAGCUACUGCGUUGUUAACGACAGGUAUGCUGGUGUAUGCUGUCCAAGAGAUAAGGUUGAAAUAGAUAUUUAAAUUACUAUGGAUUAAAUUAAUUGUUUAUUGUAUCGUAUUUAUGAAAUGUAUUAUUAUUUAUUUUUAUAUAUUGUAUGUUAAUUUCAAAAUAAAAUUGCAAUCUUACUUUCGUUAUUAUUUAUUUAAAUCUACCUUUUCUUAAGUAGUUUUUUUUUUCAAGUGCAACCUAAACAACACUUUAUUAUGAUGUCACUUGAUGAUGGUGUGUUCAAUAAAAAUAGGUUUGGUUAUCCGCAUAUAUGUCUAAAUAACUCAAUAUAAUAUUUGUCGCUCGAUGCAGACGGCUUAGGAAGUGGUGUUUAGUAGUGUCUACAAAAGGCCUGUGUAUGACGUGACAGGUAGCAGCGUCACUGAUUGUAUUAUUUUGUAGUAGAGGAAUCACCUUGAGCAGGUCCCAUGACUUGUGACCUUAGGAGUAGGUUAAAAGGAUCAUUUCAGAAUGCAUCAACAUGCCCGACAUGUUCUCUAUGCCCACACUAAAUAGUUUAUAAUAAACAAUAAUUACAUCACAAAACAUUAUUGCACAAAACCACUAACGUGACUGACAGCGUGACGGUGUCUACGCUGUCUAACCAAUAACUGAGCUCAAGUUAUCAAAUACUCUAUUAUUUAUAACAACACUGAUACUUCCCCUCCACAAUAUUCAUAACAAGUUAAUGUUAUCGAGGAACUUGUAACAUUUCCUGCGGUGUACGUCCAUUGGAUGAUGAUAAUGAUCAGAUUUAUAAUAUUAUACAAAAAUAUAAAACUAUUGAUACGUGUGUUAUCGCCGCGUUGCAACGACUUGCGGUACGGACGGCUUCAGUGUGCUCGUGGCGUUCGAGCCGUCCACAUGUUGUGUAAUUAUUUAAGGGUUAUUUGGGAUAGGCGGGGAGAGUGACUUGAAUGGAAAAGGUUUGUUAACAGUCAAAGGUACCUUUAACCCUACACACAACGUUCACAAGUGCGUGACUUCACUCAAGGUCAUUCUCUGCAGGUCUAGGGUCUUAUUUUGGUUACAGUUUCAUUUGUUGAAUUGUUAAUAAUGUUGUGAAUCAUAACCUUUGUUCGACAUUAGUUUUCUUAUUUUUGUAAUCACUUUUGAGUGCGCUAAAACGUGGAUAAGAUUACAGCAGUUAUUUAUGUUGUAAACAAAAACUAGUUUCUUUAUCUGACGUUCUUAUACUUCUUUACUCAUAGACAGUUUUUAAAAUUAUGCUGGUUUCAGUAGACCCCUGCUACCUUUUACAUUUCCCUUAACUUUACAUGAAAAUGUGAAAAGGAAAAGACAACGGACACCAAAGUAUGAAAACCUUUGACUAUGAUUCUAAGAUGAAAAUUAUACCCAGGCCGUACAGAUAUAAAAUGUAGUGGAAUAGACAGAAUAAGGAAUCUAGUUUACGAAAGUAAAGGGGUGUUAUUGCGGGCAUUGACAUAUUUUUGUUAUAUAUUUAAUUUAUUGUGCUGUAAGUGGAUGUCCAAAAAGUAAAGUUGCUCAACCAAAAAAAUUAUUCCAUGCAACUUGUACUAUUCUCACAAUAUAAGGAACCAUUUUCAUCCAAUCAACAUCUAAGCGGUAGGGGUAUUUACUGAUUAGUAGCGAUGUUUAAUCAACAUAUUAGUGUAUUUUUCUACAUUUUAUAUUAUUUUUGGAACGAAGUUCUAUCGUGCAGCUUACAGUAGAGUGCACUAUCAGAAAUCGUCAAGUAACGAAAAAACGUCAAACAUAUUUGCUUGAAUAUAAAUAAGAGAUAUAAAGAAAUUGGUUAUCUGUCUAGAAUUCGGUUAACGAAUAAUUUUAUGUGAUAGUGUCCUAAGAAAACAUUGAUAAACAAAUCGGUUGCCUGUAAAGUCGGUUUACUACGAUAGUUGAACGUGAUAAAGUCUUAUGAAAAUACGGAUGGAAUGGUUGCAUUUUUUAAAAGAAAAUUUUAAUUUUAUUUGUUUGAUAGAUACGAUAGAAUGAAAGACACACACAUACUUAAAUGUAUGCCAACAAUGACAAUAAAGUUCAUUAAAAUAUAUAUUUUGUUUUAAUUGAUAAAGGUCCUAUUCCAACCACUUGUACUUUUAUAAUUAGAUAUUAUUAUUUAUAAACCUACUUUUUUGUACCAAGUGUGGUUACUCUUACCACACUUGGUACAAAAAUCAAAAUUUUACAGAACAAAAAGUUGCUCGAGAACUCCGGUUACUAUAUAAAAGAAGAUUAUCCACCUACAGUUCUGGAGAAAAGAAAAGAAUUACAAGAAAAGGCUAAAGAAGAGAGAGCGAAAGGAAACAGAGUAUAUAUAAAGUACGAUAAAUUAAUUAUACUUCAACAGAACGACAAACGCGAACAACCAAAAUCACGCAAUAAACGUAAUCUAUCAACUACACCCCCGAGUAGGCAAAUCAAACCUAACACAAGAAAAAAGAGGGAAACGAAUUUUGUACACUUGGAAAAGAAAAAUACCCUACAAUCUUACUGGACUCCCAAACAAUCUCCAAAUGAUACAAACAACGACCUUUUCUUUUCUCCAGAGCCAAACAGCAGCGUUCACACUACAACUAAGGAAAAUAUCAAUUAAUGGGAACCCACUCCCUCCUCCAACACGGUUGGUCACCGGGGAGGAGUACGACCAAAACCCUCCAGCUAUACAAAAAAUAAAGAAAAAAAAAUAAUACAAAAAAAAAAAAAAUAAAAAAAUAAAAAAAAAAUAAAAUAAAAUAAAUAAAUAAAUAAACAAAACUCGUCUUGAGUAUUAUAUGUUAUAAUUAAGGUUGCCACCAUGUGAAAGAAGUAGUAUGUCAUCUCAAUAUAUACUUAAGCUAUUGUAAAUGUGAAAAAAGCAUAUUUGGCCCUAAAUAAUAAUUAUAUACCUAUUUUAUUUCAUCUGAGUGUAAACAUAAUUUUCUUUAUUUAGGAAAUAAUCAACAAUAAAGUCAAAUUUAACGAAUCAACUUAUAAUAUUAUCUACGUAUGGAUGGCUAACCUACAUAACUAACAAAUUAUUUUUCAACAUAGAAAAGAAUGAAUAAAAUGUAUCAGCUGGAGGAGGCCUAUACCCAGUGAGGGAUUCUUAACAUAAUUAUUAAGUACUAUACUAACAUACGUAACAAUUAUAACCUUCUAACACUUAUUUAAGAACAAACAAUUGUAAAAAAAAAAAUGUACACGCAAUAUUGUUAAAUAUUAAUAAACUAACACACUAACACAAAUAGUAUAGGAUAAAUAAACUUAAAAUAACUAUGUAUAUUUAUUGUUAA